CUGCGCGGGUGAAUUAUUUUGUGAGGUAGGUGCUGAAUAGUUGGUCUAAAUGGCAAGACAAGUGGCUGAAGUGCAGAUCCACGCUACUGACUCCGAGUUCGACGAGUUGAAAGACGUGGACGUGAGCGUGGACCUCAUUGACGAUGGAUUAUACCUUGGCAAUGUGGCAUGCGCACACGACCAAAAGAUGUUGCAGCAGCUGGGAAUCACGCACAUUCUGACGCUGGACCUGGUGCCUUUGCCGAGAACUAUCCUGGACAGGCCCAACCUCACAUUCCGAUUUGUUCAAUUAUCUGACAUGCCAAAAGAGGAUUUAAUCACACAUUUGCCAGAGACUAAUAACUUCAUCAGGGAGGCCAUCGCUUCCGGGGGCACUGUUCUUGUUCAUUGUUUCUUUGGUGUCUCCCGUUCUGCUGCCGUUGUAAUUGCUUACAUAAUGGAGAAGUAUGGUCUUUGCUACGAAGAAGCGUAUGUAUUAGUGAAGAGCAAACGGCGCUUCGUCUCCCCUAACGUGGGAUUCGUGGCCCAGCUGAAGCUGUUUGGUCAUAUGGGCUACACACUGAACAGAGAAGACCCUAGGUUCAAGCAGUUUAGGCUGAAAAUGGCUGGCCAGAAACUGAAACAAGUGAAGAUCCUGCCUCAGUUAUUCGCGGACCUAGUGAAGCCUGACCCGGGGCUGACGCGCGAGCGGCCCGACCCGCGCGUCUACCGCUGCCGACGCUGCCGCCGCGUCGUGGCCAGCCAGCGCAACAUCAUACCGCAUCUACCACGCUCCGUGAAAGUGGAACUGGCAAAGAAAGGCAUCAGGCCGCCGCCCAGCAAACUCACAGGUUUGACUUGCGCGGAGAACGGGGAGCUCCUCAUCAAGAAGCUGAAGAGCCUCGCGUGCCAGAUCCUGGAGGACGACAGCGACCAGGCUGAGGCGCCGCUUGAUGACAGUCAGGAGGGCGAGGAGGGGUCUAGUCAGCACCUAGACGGCUACAGCGAAGGCAACCUCGUAGACGGUAGCAUAGCGGCGCGCGACGCGGCCGAGGCGUGCCGGCUUAUGUGGUUCGUGGAGCCCAUGGCGUGGAUGGCAGGCGUCACGCACGCGCCGCAGGGCAAGCUGCACUGUCCCAAGUGCCGCACGCGCCUCGGCAGCUUCAGCUGGGUCAUGGGUGAGCUUGUAUACAUCCCGCACCUCCUGUAUACACUGACGGCGUGGAUGGCGGGCGUCACGCACGCGCCGCAGGGCAAGCUGCACUGCCCCAAGUGCCGCACGCGCCUCGGCAGCUUCAGCUGGGUCAUGGGUGAGCUUGUAUACAUCCCGCACCUCCUGUAUACACUGACGGCGUGGAUGGCGGGCGUCACGCACGCGCCGCAGGGCAAGCUGCACUGCCCCAAGUGCCGCACGCGCCUCGGCAGCUUCAGCUGGGUCAUGGGUGAGCUUGUAUACAUCCCGCACCUCCUGUAUACACUGACGGCGUGGAUGGCGGGCGUCACGCACGCGCCGCAGGGCAAGCUGCACUGCCCCAAGUGCCGCACGCGCCUCGGCAGCUUCAGCUGGGUCAUGGGUUGCAAAUGCCCAUGCGGACAGAAGGUGGCGCCUGCAUUCUACAUGGUGCCGUCGAAAGUGGAGUGGUCCAACAUCGUCCAAAACGUGCAGGUCACCGUCUGAGGACCAAGUGAGGCCAAUAAUAAUGCUUUAGUCUAUACAGGGUGUUAAUCAAAAGAUAUGAGAUAAUGUAUAAAACAUUUUAUAGCCUGACCAGGAACAUAAAAACCCUCGCCAUGUUGCGGAAAAUUAAUGGUACUAAUUUCUUUUAAUGGCAACAGUAACUGAAAACUUCAUUGACAUGUCACCUUGCAUGUCAGUCUAUUGCUGUCAAAGUGUAAACAAACUUUAUUUUAAAUGUGCGCAAUUGAUUUUGUGAAUUAAAUUGCUAAAAUCUUUUUAUAGUCGUGAAAGAAAAGUGGUUCACAAUGUGUUAAAGUAUUUGUCGAAGAGAAAUACUAAGGGUUCGGACAAUAUUUUCAUUGAAUAAUGUUUCCGACAAAGGUUGUCAAAUUGACUGACAUGUUUAUUGUAUAGUACAGUCAACUACGAAAAUUAGCUGUGGUUUGUUUCAACUACCUAUUUUAAAGUUUUUUGUCACUUUGUAAGUAUUGAAUUUUAUGGAAUUUGGAAAUGAGUACCGAGUUUGAAGCGUUCAUGAGCAGACAUUGUAGUUGAAUAUUCAAGUUCAGAAUUUGAUUAUUGAUGAAUAAUAAUAAAAUCCUACUUGCUCGA